CGCCGCAGGGGCCGAGACGACCGGCACACGACACGAGCGCGCGGCGGCCCCUCCUCCCGAGAGCGCGCCUCAGCAGACACUUCUUCCCUGUCCUGUCGCUGAUGGGCGACCGCUCGUCUUAAAAGCCCCUGGCGACGCCUUUCCCACGCCCUACCCCUUUUUACUGCGCUGCGCACGCCCACAGCCUGCAGCUAGCUUGCGACGGGACACAUGACGACGACGCGCCCCGCCGCUACGACCGAGGAAGAGGAAGAGGAGGAGGCGGUGGUGGCCGCCUCUGCAGCGGCCAAUACCGCGCCACCGGACGCAGACGAUCGGGAGCAGCAGAAGAAGGUUCGGGCGAGGAAGAAGAAGAAGCGUCGGAGGGCGCCGAGCGAGGAGGAGCUGGCCGCGCUGAGGUCCGUGCUCCGCUGGGCCCGCCGCGGCGAGGCGGGCGACGACGAUGCGGCGGACUGUGGUGGGCACCUGUUGCCGGCGGGGAGGCGGCGGCCGCGCGUGGCGGUGGAGCUGCAUGCGCACUCGACGCGCAGCGACGGCUCGCUCUCGCCCGCGGCGCUCGUGGAGCGCGCGCACCGCAACGGGGUGAAAGUGUUCGCGCUGACUGAUCAUGACACCAUGGCGGGUGUCGCGGAGGCGAUGGAGACUGCAAAGGAAUUUUCCAUCAGGAUCAUCCCUGCUGUUGAGAUAAGUGCAGUUUAUUCGCCUAGUAAUGGAUCAGGAGCCAAUGAACCUGUUCAUGUUCUUGCAUACUACGGUAGUUGGGGCCCUGCUAAAUCUCAGGAACUGGAGAAGGUUCUAUCUAGCAUCAGGGAGGGCCGCUAUACACGUGCCAAGGAGAUGCUAUCGAAACUUAGGAACCUUGGCAUGCCAUUGAACUUCGAAGAUGUAUCUAAUAUAGCAGGGAGUGGGGUGGCUCCAGGGCGGGUGCACGUUGCGCGUGCCAUGGUUGAAGCUGGAUAUGUUGAUAAUCUUAGGCAAGCUUUCAGCAGGUACUUGUACGAUGGAGGGCCUGCUUAUGCUACUGGUAGUGAGCCAGCUGGGGAAUCUGUUGUGCAGCUAAUAUGUAGAACUGGGGGCAUAGCUGUUUUGGCUCAUCCGUGGGCAUUGAAAAAUCCUGUUCCUGUGAUAAAGGAUUUGAAGGCUGCUGGUCUGCAUGCUAUUGAGGUCUAUCGAAGCGAUGGGAAACUAUCUGGAUUGAGUGAUCUGGCUGAUACUUAUGAGCUUCUGAAGCUCGGUGGAUCAGAUUACCAUGGACGAGAUGACAAGGAAGAACCUGAUAUAGGAAGUGUUGAUCUUCCGGUCUUGGCAUUUUUUAGAUUUCUUGAGGCAGCUCAACCAAUUUGGUGCAAUGCUAUCAAGGAAAUUUUUGCAAACGCCACUGAAAGAACUGGCUUGAAUGGCCCAAAAGGAUGUCAUCAGACUAACUCUGUAGAUGAUUUAUGUAAUACGUGCCUUUCUUCUCCAGAACUGGGGGAAACAGAUGAUUCUGAGGCUGAGGUCCUCAGGACGGAAUUUGCGGACAUUAUCCUCAGCAACAGAAGCUGCAAGACGCUUAUUGAACAGCGAGCGGAAAUCACCUCUCUUCUCCACUGACACAGUCGGGUUUGUGCAGUUUUAGACAUUGACUGAGACUCUGACAGGACAUGAUCUGGGCUGCACUUUAAUCUAUAUAAAUUGUCCAGUGGGCAUGUGAUGAUGUUUUAUAUGAUCGAUUGAAUGGAGUGCAGAAGUAAUAUGGUAAGAUCCGUAAAUUAACCAUCAACCUUUCGGUAAAUUUCUUGUAUCCUUUUGCUUAAUCAGUUACAUUUUUAUGAAAAUGGUGAAAGCAAAUUCCUUUUUUUGGUCCUUGUCCUCUUCAAUGAUGUUGGACCUAAGGGUGGGAAUGGGCCAAAUAUGGAGCAGAUAAUAACUAAAUCUUAUCUCUAUCCAUUUAAAUUUUCAAAACUGACAAGUGGUAAAUACAAGAACAAAGAUACUACAGCAGUUCCAGCCCCUGUAAGGUUUGUAACGUUUUGCGUAUACUCCUUUUUGAAAAUAGUGGGUGUUGGAUACAAUGAGAAAAAUAAUUGAAACCUGUAUUUUGUUUUGAGGCAGUUUUUUUCUUUGCGUGUGCCCCUACCAAGCUGCAUAUAAACUCCUCUUCCCAUCUAGAAAGUAAUUAAGCAGAUCAUGCAUGUUUAUGUCUGUGUGCAUCGCUUGAUGAAGAGGCCGGGGGUAAUCCUCCUUUUCGGAAAAAAAGAUCAUGCAUGUUUGUUCCUUAUUAGAGCAAAUGUGGAAACUCCUUUUUACCCUUGUUUUGUAGGAAUGAGUUAACUCUGCUUAAAGACUAUAAUAUAUAUUUACUUACUGUGAUAAGGUUGUAUACGAAAUCAUGUAAAUCAUACAUUUAUAUUGCAGCUUCUUGGACGAUUUGUUGAACUUA